UGACGCGGCACAAUGCGGAAGUCAGCUGUCAUGGCUACAACAUCAUGUAAAGAGCAGAGUUUUAAAGCGGCUCUGUGGUAGCUCAUGGCAGCAGAGACAGCCGGAGGUGUCAGCGGGGCUCCGGCCUGUCUGUGUGUCCUCUGCGGGCUGCCUGCUGCCGGGAAGUCCACGCUGGCCCGGAACAUCGUGACAGCCGCCGCACAGCGAGGAUGGAGAGCCGGGGUGGUGCCGUAUGAUGAUCUGAUCCCAGAGCAGGCUUUUCAGACCAGAGUGGAGGAGGACGGUGUCACACUGCAAGAAACUCACACUGAAUGGAAGUUACACAGACAGGCAGUUUUGCGCUGCAUUGAGCAGUUCUUGGAGAAACCUCAAGUUUUGGCCGAGCUGCCGAGCAGCUGUCAGAUCAACAAGGCUGCAUGGGAGCGAUGCGUUCAAGCUCUACUGUGGCCUGAAGCUUUGGACCGCUCACAGGCUGAGCGGGCACCACUUCUCCUUCUACUGGAUGACAACUUCUACUAUCCAAGCAUGAGAUAUGAAGUGUACCAACUUGCAAGAAAGUAUUCCUUGGGAUUCUGCCAGGUGUAUCUGCAGUGUGACUUGGAGUCCUGCAUCAGACGAAACCAGAGCAGGUUUGCGCCCAUUCCCACUGAGGUGAUAGUGGAGAUGGUGAAGCGUUUGGAGUCUCCAAAUCCACAGAAGAACUCGUGGGAGACUAGCAGCAUUUCACUCAACACCACAGACAAUUUGUCUGAACGUGAUGUCCAGAGGGUGAUGGAGUUGAUCUCCUCGGCGCUGAGCAACCCGCUGAGUCCAGCUGAGGACAACACAGAGCAAAAGGAGGCGGACCGCCUGAAAUGUGCCACCAGUGUUGUUCACCAGACUGACCAGGCCUGUCGACGCCACAUAUCUGAAGCCAUGAAGACUGCCAGAGAGAAUCAGUUACUUCCUGAGCUCAUGAGGUCUUUGGCCGCUCAGCUGAACGAAUCCAAAGCAACGUUUCUUCACAACCUGCGGACACAGCUGCUCCAAGAAGCGUCUUUCACCCAAGACGAGGACACUGACGUGGAACGUGUGGUGAAAAGAGCGAUGGACGUUUUUGAUCGGGACACAAAAGAAAUCCUGCUGAGAAUCAUAAAUGAAAAUAAAUGACUUGAAUCGACUCGUGAAUUUGCACAAAGGCAGGUUUAAUCACAUCAAACGUCACAAGAGAAUCUGUGACACUGUGUUUAAAUGUAAAUAAAGUGUGAUCUUUGUGGCACUGAGUGAAACAGAGAAUGUAUGAAUAAUGUUUUAUCUUGUAAUAAAAAAAAGAAUUUA